UCGCACAAUAUAUACAGAGCUAUUAUACGCAAAAAGGGCUGGUUAUCAAGAUGGCAGUUGAUGUAGUAGGAGUGAUAGUUCUGGUUGUUUUCUACGUGAUUGUACUUGUGACUGGAAUAGUAGCAGGGAGAUGUUUCAAAGCCCCCGGAGCAUCAGAGACAGAGCUGUCAAUGGUGGCAGGAAGGAAGCUGGGACUGGGAGUUGGGAUUUUAACAAUGUCAGCGACGUACAUCGGCGGUGGCUUCUUGAACGGACUAGCUGAGGGUAUGGCUUUAGGUGGGGUUGCCUGGACGAUCCCGCCUUUAGGAAUAAUGUGUGGACUUUUCCUGUCUUCGUUUUUAUUUGGAGGACCGAUGCGUAAAAAAGAAUAUUUGACGUUUCUGGACCCAUUCAACGCAAAAUAUGGAAGAGAGGCAACCGCAUGCUUGUUCGUCGCGACUCUUCUGGCAGAUAUCUUCUGGUCAGCGGCAAUUCUAUCAGCCCUAGGCACCAGUCUUAGUGUUAUAAUUGAGUUAGACAAGGUUGUGUCCAUCGUCAUAUCAGCGGCCAUAGCAGUGUUCUAUACCAUGGUCGGGCAGAUGGUCGCCGUGGCAUACACAGACAUUGUAGAGUUAGCUUUACUUGUUGUGGGUAUGGGUAUUGCUAUCCCAUUCGCUGCCACCAAUGAACAUGUUAACCUAAGUGAAGCGCAGGACAAAUGGUUAGGUAACAUUAAACCGAUUCAGAUUGGCGCAUGGAUAGACUUCUUUGUAUUAACGAGUCUAGGAGCUAUACCAUGGCAAUCUACAUUCCAACGAUUCUUAUCAGCAAAGUCCGUAAGAGGUGCUAAAAUAAUUGGAAUUGUCGGGGGAAUUAUUACGUUCAUCUUGGGCAUCUUCCCACUCACUAUUGGAGCCAUUGGAGUUUCGACAGAUUGGAAUAGUACCAAGUACGAAAGAGAUCCUAUUGCAACGGGUGAUGCUUCUUUGUUGCUCCCACUAGUGAUGUAUCACCUCACACCAAGACCAGUUGCAAUCAUUGGAUUGUGUAGCGUGGCUGCAGCUGUGAUGUCAUCAGUUGAUUCUGCCUUAUUAGGAUCAGCAUCAAUGUUCUCCCACAAUAUAUACAGAGCUAUUAUACGCAAAAAGGCGUCUGAGAAAGAACUACUUUGGGUACAACGCGGAGCAAUAUUUAUAAUCGGAGUACUGGCGUCGAUCACUGCCAUAUUUGGAGACAGCAUAUAUGGACUUGUUAACUUUGGUACUGAUAUCACCUUGGUGACAGUGUUUCCCCAGUUGGUAUGCAGCAUGUAUAUUGAGGUGUCAAAUGGAUACGGUGCUUUGAUUGGCUCAUCUUUAGCGUUAGUACUUCGUAUUGGAGGAGGGGAGUCACUAAUGAACCUUGCACCUUUCAUCCCUUAUCCACCGUAUGGGUUUGAAGAACAACUUUUCCCUGUGCGAAUAUUUAGUAUCAUUGUUGCCAUCUUAACGACUGUUUUAAUCUCAGAAUUAACCAAAUUAUUAUUUGAAAAGGGAGUCUUUCCCAGAAAGCUUGACGUGCUUAAUCAAUUUUCUGGUGUAAAUUCAUAUUCCAUGAAUGAUGAGGAGAUGAAAGUAAACAAAGAGAAGGAAAAUGUUGAGAUCCAAAGUGCUUAUAUAACCAGUGAUAAUUUAGGAUACAAUAAAGACUUAUGA